AUGGCGGCAUCAGCAGCCUGCUCAUCCUUCUUCUUCUUCGACGCCGAGCCGCUCGGCGAGGCCGGCAUGCCGGCGCUGGACGCGUGCGCGCUCUGCACCAAGCCGCUGGCCCGGGACAGCGACAUCUUCAUGUACAGAGGGGACACGCCCUUCUGCAGCGAGGACUGCCGCCACCACCAGAUGCAGCUCGACGCCGUCCGCGCCAGGCAGGCCGCCCGGCGGCUGCGGCAGUACGCGUCCGGGACGGAGGCGCGGAGCGGGCACCAGGAGUCCAGAAAGGUGUCCGUCGUGAGCUGACCGGCAAAGCCCGUCUCCGGUGACCGGUGGGCGCGUAGAGCUUAGCUUGAACCAACCAGCGGGGUCUGAAGAAUCGCCGAUCUGACGAGAUGGAGGAGCUCGAUUAAAUUUGAUCUCUCCGGUAACCUCGUCUGAGCGGGCGAUGCGGUGAAGGAUCCGAGGAAGUUCGUGUGCUGAGGCUCUGGCCAUCUGGGCCGCCCACUGGACGCGUCCGAUCCUUCUCUUGCCUCUGGCUGUCCCCCCCUUUGGCCUCUUUGUGUGUGCGCUUGUUUGAGGCUCAUAUGUAAAUUGAAACCAUUUGGAAAGAUUUGUGUCGAUACAAAUUUUGCCAAAGAAUCAAAGAUCGUGACUUGUCUGAGAUCUAUGUUUCCCGAUCACCGU